AUGCCCAAGACUUCAGCGAACGGGGAUGCUGUCCGUAACCAACGAUGCCUCGGAGUUAAGGACCUUAAUCGUCGCUGUUGAUAUCGCUCUCUGUUAAUACGGACUGCAGUUGUCAUUGGAUGACCAGUUCAAUCUAAUUUCGAGGCAAUUGGGAACAAUUUGACAUUGCGUCUUGCAGUGUCGAGUCGAUUCUCCUCCUGACUCUAUCGUAGGGCAGGAACUGCCAAAACUUCCACAAUGGCACUGAUAAUGGAGCCUGUGAGUAAAUGGACAACGAGACAAGUGGUAGACUGGAUGAAAGGCCUGGAUGACUGUCUGCAGCAGUACAUCAAGAACUUUGAGCAGGAGAAGGUGGGCGGGGAGCAGCUGCUGCGCAUCACCCAUCAGGAGCUGGAGGACCUGGGCGUGUCCCGCAUAGGACACCAGGAGCUCAUCCUGGAGGCAGUGGACCUGCUCUGUGCUCUGAACUACGGGCUGGAGACGGAGAACCUGAAGACCCUGUCCCACAAGCUGAACGCCUCGGCCAAGAACCUGCAGAACUUCAUCACGGGCCGGCGCCGAGGAGGUCACUAUGACGGACGCGCCACACGCAAACUGCCCAACGACUUCCUGACCUCCGUAGUGGACCUGAUCGCCGCCGCCAAGAGCCUACUGGCCUGGCUGGACAGGUCUCCGUUCGCUGCAGUGGCCGACUACUCCAUGACCAGGAACACAGUCAUCCAGCUGUGCCUGGAGCUGACCACUAUAGUGCAGCAGGACUGCACCGUGUACGAGACGGAGAACAAGAUCCUGCACGUGUGUAAGACUCUGUCGGCCACGUGUGACCACAUCAUCUCCUUGUCGUCGGACCCCAUGGUGUCGCAGUCGGCACAUCUGGAGGUGGUGCAGCUGGACAACAUCAAGUCCACUGAGGGACUGGGCAUGUACAUCAAAUCCACGUACGAUGGUCUGCACGUCAUCACUGGCACGACAGAGGGGUCCCUGGCGGACCGUUGUAAAAAGAUCCAUGCUGGAGAUGAAGUUAUCCAGGUCAACUACCAAACAGUGGUGGGCUGGCAGCUGAAGAACCUGGUGAGUAUGCUGCGUGGGGACGCUGGUGGGGUGUCGCUCACGCUGAAGAAGAGACCUCAGAGCACACUCACCUCAGCCCCCGCCCUACUGAAGAACAUGAGGUGGAAACCCCUCGCCCUGCAGCCGAUCAUCCCGCCCAGUCCCAGCAGCAGUGUGGCCACGCCCUCUAGUACAAUGAGCACUCCGUCCAGACGCAACAGCUGCGCCCUGCAGGACCUGUUCAUACCCCCACCACCAGAGGAGCCCUACAAGCCCAGAGAGUAUGAUAACAUCCUCCCUCUCCUGGAGCAGCAGUACACACCCAGAGAGGAGGUCGCGCCCAUCCCGGGCAUUGAGCAGCAUGGCAACCCGGUUGCUAAGGGCUCGGACUCGCCCAACUCGUUCCUGGACCAGGAGUGCCGCCGGCGGUUCCCUCUGCUGGAGGAGGACGCGGUUCUGUACUGCUACGAGUACGACCAGAACCACCAGAACCACCAGGGCCCACCGCCCGUCCGCCGAGACAGCACACCCACCUACGAGAACUCCCUGCUGCGUUACGUCAGCGAGGACAAGCCCACGCCCGAGGAGUAUCUGAUUGGCCGCAGCAGUAGUAGGCGGAGCCGCAAGAAGAAUGAGAAAGGAGGAAGUCCCUCCCACUAUGCGUUAGUCCCCGCCCUCCAGAUGGACAUGAUGCGACAGGACACGCUGGUCACGCCCACCUCAGAGUCUGCAUCCAUUCACCACAUGUUUGAUCAGGCGUCGCUGCUGUCAAGGUCAAAGAAGAAACUCAGAGUGGGUUCUCUGUCGUCCAUCAGUAAGCGGCGUAUCUCCUGUAAGGACCUGGGCCAGGCCGACUGCGAAGGCUGGCUGUGGAAGAAGAAGGACGCUAAGAGCUACUUCUCUCAGAAGUGGAAGAAGCACUGGUUCAUCCUCAAAGACUCCUGCCUCUACUGGUACAUAAACGAGGAGGAUGAGAAGGCUGAAGGCUUCGUCAGUCUCCCCGAGUUUAAGAUCGACCGCGCCAAUGAGUGCCGGAAGAAGUAUGCUUUCAAGGCCUGCCAUCCAAAGAUUAAAAGUUUCUACUUUGCUGCAGACAGUGUGGAUGACAUGACCAGGUGGGUCAGUCGACUGAGCAUCGCCACCACAUUACACACAGAGCUGGAACGCAUGCGGCAAGAUCAUGACUACUGGAGCGAGAGUGAUCACGAAGAGGGCGACUUGUCAGCCAUGCCCAAACAGGACAGCCCUCCCCCACCCUACGACACCUACCCUCACCCCGCCUCAGUGAGUCCGUACCUGGAGCCCAAGCGAGGCCGCCACCCGUCGGCCGACACACUCACGCACACGCACACGUCCCAGUCGCGCUCGUCCCACGAGGACUUCCGCGCGGACUCGGCGCAGAGCGGGAGCCUCGUGGGCAGCGGAGCGGGCGGCUCGCCGGGCCGCAAGGCCAGCCAGCGGCGCUCGUGGCAGGACCUGAUCGAGACGCCGCUGACCAGCUCGGGCCUGCACUUCCUGCAGACGCUGCCGCUGGACGACGGGGUCUUCUGCGAGCCGUCCUCCGGCGCGCCCGCGUUCGAGCUGCGGCGCCAGGCCACUCUGCCCGCGCAGCGCGGGUACAUGCCCGAGCGCUACAUGCCCCUGGGGCACCCGCCGGGCGAGCGGCUGCACCACGCCAGCGUGAGCGUCGCGCCCGCCGACCCCUCCAUGGCGGGGGGGAAACCCCGUAGCUUCACGCUGCCGCGGGACAGCGGCCUGCACGCCAUCCUCGCCGCCUCCGCAGGGGCACCAGACGGGCACCGCGACGGGCACCGCUACCACCUGCCCCCCGCCACCAGCAGAGAUGCAGGCCUGGAGAGGGAGCGGCGGCAGCAGGCGGACUCGGUGGGAGAUCUGUACCGGGCCCUGGAGCGGGCCAGCCUGGCUCCGCUGGGGGAGCUGCGCUCGACCGGACGCCUCGAGUACAAGCGCUCGUUUGUGCGCCGCUGCAACGACCCGCUACUCAACGACAAACUCCACCGCAUGAGGAUCAUGCACAGCUCACUGAAGGACGUGUCCCUACAGGACUCAGACCGGCCAUCUGGAUAUUUAGGUUAGCGUUAGCACAGCCUAGCGUUAGCGCAGCCUUGGAGAUGGAGCAGAACUACACCACGCCAAACCACGUCACGCCAAACCACGUCACGCCAAACUGCGCCAAACUUACUGCAUCGUCCCUGCCUCUCCUCCACCCUACCUCCACCCUCUCCAUCCCCCUUCCCAGAGCAGAACUCUCUCUCACCCCCUUAAACACACACACACACACACACACAGACAUAAUAGUGUGAGACCGUCUCUCUCUGAAGCACUCAGCCUGGGCUACACACAGAACUCAGUUCAGGGGGGGU